UUUGUUUGUACGCAAACUCGAAAGUUUGUUUCUGACAUUUUCGUUCGUGUUCUACGCAUGGUCAGUUUAGCAGGAAGCCUGGGAGAGUUUUCUUGUUCAAAGAUUCGACUAUUGUCGAAGCUGUAGGAAAGUAUUUACAUGGAUGCGAAUAACUGGAGGGCGGCGCAAUCUCUUGCACAGGCUCAGGUUGGUGACGCCACCAGCAUAACAGCGGGGGCGGCUGCACCACCACCAGCGGCUUCAGGAGCCAUGGAGACGGGCGAUUGGCGGGCCCAGCUCCAACCAGAAUCCAGGCAUAAGAUUGUUAACAAGAUAAUGGAUACUUUAAAGCAGCAUCUUCCGUUCUCCGGACAAGAGGGGCUGCACGAACUUAAGAAAAUUGCAGUACGGUUUGAGGAAAAAAUUCAUGCUGCUGCAACAGAUCAGUCAGAUUAUCUGCGGAAGAUAUCCUUAAAGAUGAUCUCAAUGGAGACAAAAUCACAAAACCUUACAGCCAAUCCUCUGCAGGCUAAUGCUGCAAAUAGUAGUCAAAGUGCGCAAGGAACAGGUUCACAAACAAUGCAGCCCCAAGCUCAGCCACUUCCUGUUCCAACAGUGAGCAAUCAAUCGCAAGGCCAUCAGCAGCUACUCUCACAAAAUAUUCAGAACACUAUAACAUCAUCUGGAAUGCAGAAUUCUACAAAUCUGGUUUCUGCACUUCCUACUGUCGGCAGUUUGACUCAGACUAACAUUCCAAAUGCACUAAGCCGAAAUUCGAAUUUGCAAAGUGUACAAGGCAUACCUACUGUCGUUCAAAGUUCAGUUGGAAAUACCAUGAGUCAUUCAAACGUGGUCGCGAAUUCUAUUAGACAGAUGCAAGAGAGGCAACAACAGGUCGAUUCCCAGCAGCAACAACAAUCUCAGGCCUCUAAUACACAUCCUUACCAACAGCAGCUACGCCAACAAAUGUUGAAACAGAACAUCCAAUCUCAAGUGCAGCAGCAACAGGAGCAACAACAACAGCCAAACCUACUACAACAAACUCAGAUGCAAUCUUCUCAGCAAGGAGUCAUGCAUUCUUCUACAGUACAAUCUAAUCUGACCAACCUUCAGCAGAAUCAACAGUCUUCUGUUCUACAACAAAGUCAAUCCAUGAUCCAGCAAAGAUCACAAUCAGUCCUCAAGCAACAUCAGCAACAACAGACUCCCAUUAUUCAUCAACAGCAGGGAGCAAUGAUGCAGCAGCCAAUGUUACAAGGUCAACUGCAACAAUCUCAACAGCAACAUCUGAUUGGGCAGCAGCAAAAUGUUGCAAAUAUCCAGCAGAACCAACCGAUUGGCCAGCAACACAUGCCUGAUAUGCAGCACCAGCAAACUAGGCUGAUGGGCCAACAGAAUAACUUUUCUAGUGUUCAACAACAGCAGUUAAUUAAUCAGCAAAUUAAUAUUCCAAGUGUACAUCAGCAGCAAAUAGGCACUCACGGGAAUGUUGCUGGCCUGACACAUCAGCAGCUGACUGGAAAUCAAUCUAGUAACUCUGGACUGACUGCUAAUCAGCAUCCUAUUCAAAUGUCACAACAUUCUAAGGUUCAAGUGCAACAACAAAUGCUUCCAGGUGCUACACUUUCACCAGUUCAAGGUCUUCAAUCUCAGUCACAGCAGCAAAUGUUGCAACAGAGUCAACCCCAGCCUGGAACAUUACAGUCACCAUUGGGUUUGCAACAGCAGACAAAUAUUCUACAACGCGGAAUGCAGCAUAGGCUUCAAAAUCCUAAUCCUUUACUUCAACACAACUUGAUUGAUCAGCAGAAUCAAAUCUUUCAACCACAAGGGGUUACUCCGGAUGCAUCAUCCACGUCUUUAGAUUCAACAGCUCAAACCGGUAAUACACAUCUUGGUGAUUGGCGGGAAGAGGCUUACCAAAAGCUCAAGACCUUGAAAGAGAUGCAUUUUAUGAAUCUAAAUGAAGUGUUCCAGAAGAUUUGUGGUAAAUUGGCUCAGUAUGACUAUCUUCCCCAACAGCCCAAAAAUGAACAAGUGGAAAAGCUUAAAAGUUAUAAGGCUGCGGCAGGAUACAUUUUACAAUUGUUGAGGCUUAACAAGAAUGACAUUCAACCGCACCACAAAGAAAGACUGCCAAACAUUGAGUCUCAAAUAGCAUUUUUUCUUAACCCCAACCGGACCCGGAAACCUCAGCCUCCACAAACCUUUGAUGGCCAAAUAAAUCUUCGGUUGCAAUCUCUAAAUUUACCAGGCGCAAUGUCUUCCAUGCAGCAGAGCAAUUUGAACAGCAUGCAGCAGCAUAAUCCCAUGUCUUCUGUAACUGCAGUCUCAAACUCCCAGCAAAACAUGAUAUCUACAAUGCAGAUUGGAGCUGGCAUGGACAUGGUAGGGCAGUGUAGUUCAUUAAGUUCACUGCAGCAAGUUUCUAGUGGUGCUUUACACCAAAGUUCUAUCAAUGGUUCUCAACAAAUGAACCUAAGCUCAUUUUCAUCACAAGACGGAGCAAAUUCACUUCAGACAAACCUUCAGCAAAACUCUAAAGUUCUACAGCAUCCUAGGCAACAUGAUCAGCAAAUGAUGCAGAACCAACAGCUCAGACAACAGAUGCAUCAGCGGCAGAUUGAGCAACAAAUUUUUCAGAAGCAACUGCAACAGCAGCAGCAAAUAAAGCAAGCACAAGCUCCACCAGCUGCACAGUCGAUGACGCAACUCCACCAAAUGGUUGAUACAACAAAUGAUCUAAAGAUGAGGCAGCAAAUUGGUGGUAUGAAAUCAAGUGUCUUCCAGCAACAUCAGCCAUUUGGCCCACGUGUGGCUUUGCAUCACCCACAGCUUAAGUCAACUAUAUCUUCACCCCAAUUUCAUCAUACAACUUCUCCUCAGCUUUCCCAGCAUCCUUCGCCUCAAUUUGACCAGCAAAAUGCUUUGGCAUCUCAUACAAAAACGGGAACACCUCUUCAUUCUGCCAGUUCACCUUUUGCCCAAUCUCCUUCUACCCCCUUGGCUCCAUCACCAAUGCCAGGUGACUUUGAAAAAGUUAGCAUGGGCACUCCAUCUCUUCUUGGUCCUGGGAAUUUAGGUAUUCAGCAAACAACUUCUGCAUCAGCUCAGUCUCUAGCUAUCGAUACUCCAGGAAUAUCAACGUCGCCAUUGCUACCUGAAAUUAACAGCCUAGAUGGCGCACAUGCAAAUCUAUCAACUUCCGUUUCUGGGAAGUCAACAGUUGAACAACCUAUGGGACGCUUGGUUAAUGCGGUAAGAACACUGUCAACUAAGGCAUUGAGUACCUCUGUUAGUGACAUCAGCUCUGUCAUCAGUAUGGUUGAUAGAGUAGCUGGAUCUGCACCAGGAAAUGGAUCUAGAGCAGCUAUUGGUGAAGAUUUGGUUGCCAUGACUAAAUGUCGGUUGCACACAAGAAAUCUCUUCACGCAUGAUGGACCUACUGGACCAAAAAGAAAGAAAUGCUAUACCACGUCAAAUGUAGUGUCAUGUAGUGGGAGUGUUAAUGAUGGGUUUGAACUCUGGAAUUGCUCUGAAGCAUCUGAUUUGGAGUCUACAGCAACUUCCAGCAUUAAGAAACUAAAGGUUGACCAUGCACUCAUUAAAGAGAUAACGGAGAUUAAUCAGCGAUUGAUUGAUACUGUAGUUGAAAUCAGUGAUGAGCCAAGUGUUCUAGCUGCUGAUGCUGCAAUUGAUGGGGGUAAAGGCGGCACUCUGGUCAAGUGCUCUUUUAGGGCUGUGUCUCUCAGUCCAAAAUUAAAAUCACAAUGUGCUUUGGAUCAAAUGUCGCCAAUUCAGUCAUUGAGAUUGCUUGUUCCUGCAAAUUAUCCAAAUUGCUCCCCAAUUUUUGUAGAUAGCUUUCCAGUUGAAGUCAGUAAAGAGUAUGAAAAUUUGUCCGGCGUAAUUAGGUCGAGGCUUUCUACCUCCCUUAGAAGUCUUUCGCAACCAAUGUCAUUGGCUGAUAUUGCAAGGGCUUGGGAUUGUUGCACUCGGGCAGCUAUUUCUGAUUAUGCUCAGCGAUGCGGCGGGGGAAGUUUUAGCUCAAAGUAUGGGACAUGGGAAGACUGCAUGACCACAGCAGCCUAACCACUCCUCUUGCAAUAAAUAUAGUUAUUGUAUGUCUAUAGAAUAAUUGAAAAUGCUCUAUUUAGUAUAUAUAUUUGUGAUGAUAUAUAUUGCUUCCAUUUAAUUCAACAAAUCGGCAGGGCCGGUGAACAUGUUAAAUCAAUUCUAUGUAAUAGGGCCCACCAGAUAUGGCCUAUGGGGCUCCAAGUUUGUUGAAGUUUAGUGGUAUAUACCGGAAAAUGCUAGGGGUACACAACUUGUACACAGCUUGUACACACAAUGUCGGUCACAGACAAUUGGUACGGAGUUGCUUGUGACCACAGACAAGAGUCGUCUGUGCACACAGACAAAUUUUGUCUGUUUCCACAGACAUUUACUUUUUUGUAAAAAGUUUUUGUCAGUGUCAGACUCAGACGGUUCUCAGUGUACUUUUUACAAAAAAGUAAAUGUCCGUAGAAAAAGACAAAAUUUGUCUGUGUACACAGACAACUCUUGUCUGUGGUCACAGGCAACUCUGUACCAAUUGUCUGUGACCGAAAUUGUGUGUACAAGUUGUGUACAACUUGUGUACCCCUAGCAUUUUCCCCAAUAUAAUCUUAGUACUAUGAUGUGAAAUAUAUUAAUCGUAUUAAAAAAAUCAGAAAUGUCAUGUUUAAGACGUCUGAAUUUCGUGUAUAGAAUUGAUAAUUUUGAAUUGGGAAAAGUACGAAAAAAGUACUUUUGGUUGGACUC